AUUACAAAAGAGUACAACAGAUAGAUAGAUAGAUCUCGUACCGUUUCUACUGGAGCCCCACUUUACAUAAUCAAAUCUACUUGCUCUGUGUUCUCCACAAACCCUAACUAAGCUAAUUUAGCACAUAAACAAUUUGGAUUUUACAAUGCACUUUCAAAUUCUAAAUUCUACCUACUUCAAAUCCAACCCAUUUUUGUAUUGAAAUUCAAUUCUUUGCCUUUCCUUAAAUGGGCACAGCACAGUCCGUACGAGUGCCUGAAGAAGACGAAGAAGAGAGUGAGGAAGAAGACGAAGAAGAAGACGAAGACGACGAUCAUGGUGAAGGUGCUACCAGAGAAAUCGAUGGUAACAAUUUGGUCAAGAAAGUCCUCGAACAAGAGCCCGAAAUGCUACCAUGUCAUGCAUCCGCAUCGCCGCUUUCUCCUCAGCUUUCUUCUCUAGGUACCCCGCGUUUGGGUCCGUCCAUCAAGGUUUGGGACCCUUAUAAUGUAUUGGCUCCGCCUCCUCCUCUUCCUCCUCCUCCUCCGUUUUUCUCGCGGAGUUUCUCGUCGUCCAGUGUGAGUGUUGAUGACGAUCGUACUGUUACGGAGGUUUUUUUGAUUAAUCACGGAGAGUGCGACCUUAAUUUGAGGCCGGAUUUGGUUGGUGGGAGGUGCCACGCGGCUGCGUUGACGCCGAAUGGGAAACGGCAGGCGAGGGCUUUAGCUGUGUUCUUGAACUCGCAAGGAGUGAGAUUCAAUGCGGUUUAUUCCUCGCCUUUGGAUCGUGCAAGAUCAAUGGCGGUCUCUGUUUGUCAGGAAAUGAAUUUUGCAGAGGAACAAAUACAAUCGUCAGAUGCUCUUGUAGAGAUGAGUCUGGGGCACUGGGAGGGGUGCCCCUGUUCAGAAAUCUAUACAUCUGAAGUUCUGAACUUGAUUGAAAGUUUGCAGCCUGAUUUUUGUGCACCGUCUGGAGAAUCACUUAGGCAAGUGGAAUUUAGGAUGGUUCAAUUCUUAAAUGGGACAGUCCUCGGACUGCCCGAAAAGUUGAGAACAGAUUUCUCCUUGCACCAUCAAAAUGAGAGCCAAUUUUCUCAUGACAGAGAUCCACCUGCUCUACUUUCACAACAAUGGGAUAUGCUUCAUAGGCAUCGACCUGGGCUUUCAAGGAAGAAAUCUGGUAAGAGCAGACUACAGUAUGUGACUACCACCGGCAAUCACGAGGGUGAGGAUGAGAUAUCUUCCAGGGAAACCAACCAUCAAAAUUCACUCCAUAAUUUAAGUGUUAGGAGCUUAUCUUCCAUUUCUUCAUGUAUUGGCGUUUUCAGUCAUUCAAUUCCUAUUAAGUGUCUCCUUACAGGCCUCCUGGGUUGCAGCCCAGUAAUGUCACAUAAGAUUUGCAUAGAAGAUUCUUCAGUGACAAUAUUGCAGCAUUCUUGGAAAACUGGUUGGCAGAUAAAACGUUUGAAUGAUACUGCACAUCUCAGGCUGCUUUAACCAGAGCAUUUUGAAUGAAAGCCUUACCUGGAGUCGCUGACGGAAUGAUGAGCUGUUAAUUACUGGGCCAAUCCAGUUUUGGACGAUACAGCAACUUGUGAUUUCACAUGAAUCGUUAAUUAUACAACCUGUUGUAUUUGUUUUGAAAUAUUUAUUUUUACAGACUCACUACCUUCAAAGAAAAGGAAGAUUCAGUUUGGGAGUUGGAUAUUUGUAUUGGGUGAUUCUUUUGAUUUGUAGCAUUUACAUUACAAGUAUUGUUAUUGUAGAGUGAAAGAUAAUGUUUUUUUUUUUUCAUGUAAUAGGAAGAAAAUAAGUUAUUUUAGACGGAAGAAAUUUUAUGUUGUAAUUUUCCUGUUUCAUUACCAUUUGAACCCAACAACCACUGA